AUGAGCUGUUUCCUGCAGAAUUCCUCCGCUAGCUAUGGGGGUGGUUCCUGCAAGCUGGGAGGAGGUCGCAGUAUCUCUAGCAGCUCAACCCGGUUUUGCUCUGGGGGAUCAGCUGGGGGCUUUGGGGGUGGCAUGAGCUGCAGCUUUGGUGGAGGGGCUGGUAGUGGUUUGGGUGGAGGCUUUGCAGGUGGCCUUGGAGGUGGCAGCUUUGGUGGGUGUUUUGGUGGUGGCUUUGGUGACUUCGGUGGAGGAUAUGGUGGUGGCCUUGGCGGCAGCCUCAGUGGUGGCGAUGGCGGCCUCCUCUCUGGCAACGAGAAGAUCACCAUGCAGAACCUCAACAGCCGCCUGGCCUCCUACCUGGAGAAGGUGCGCACCCUGGAGGAGGCCAACGCUGACCUGGAGGUGAAGAUCCGUGACUGGCAUCUGAAGAAGAGCCCAACCAGCCCGGAGCGGGACUACAGCUCCUACUUCAAGACCAUCGAGGACCUCCGGGACAAGAUCUUGGCGGCCACCAUCGACAACAACCGGAUCAUUCUGGAGAUCGACAACUCCAGGCUGGCUGCCGACGACUUCAGGCUCAAGUAUGAGAACGAGCUGGCCCUGCGCCAGAGCGUGGAGGCAGACAUCAACGGCCUCCGCAGGGUGCUGGACGAACUGACCCUGAUGAAGACCGACCUGGAGAUGCAGAUCGAGAGCCUGAACGAGGAGCUGGCCUACCUGAAGAAGAACCACGAGGAGGAGAUGAAGGAGCUCAGAAACCAGGUGAUCGGCCAGGUCAAUGUGGAGAUGGACGCCACCCCAGGCAUUGACCUAAGCCGCGUGCUGGCGGAGAUGAGGGAGCAGUACGAGGCCAUGGCGGAGAAGAACCGCCGGGAUGCCGAGGAAUGGUUCAACAGCAAGAGUGAAGAGCUGGCCAAGGAGGUGUCUUCCAGCACUGCCAUUAUCCAGACCAGUAAGACGGAGAUCACGGAGCUCAGGCGUACGCUCCAGGGUCUGGAGAUUGAGCUGCAGUCCCAGCUCAGCAUGAAAGCCGGGCUGGAGAGCACGGUGUCGGAGACCGAGUGCCGCUACGCCCUGCAGCUGCAGCAGGUCCAGGGCUUCAUCAGCAGCAUCGAGGCCCAGCUGAGCGAGCUCCGCAGUGAGAUGGAGUGCCAGAGCCAGGAGUACAAGAUGCUGCUGGACACCAAGGCGCGGCUGGAGCAGGAGAUCGCCACCUACCGCAGCCUGCUGGAGGGCCAGGACGCCAACCCAGAGAGCUCCCAGAUGGGAGGGACACAAGGCGCCCGGGCCGACCUGACCUCCGUUCGAUCUGAGCUUCCUCUAGCUUCCUCUCCUGUUCUCUUUGUUUUAUUGGAGACCACCAGAUUUUUAUUCAACACUCCAACUGAGAUGGACACCCCCUCCUCUGCGGCACCCGGAGAGAGUGGGGUGCACUCAGGUGUUGGCACAUCUGUGCCCUCCUGCCCGGGCUGUGUCCAGCCGACUGCUGGGGCUCGGCCAGUGCUUAUUGAGGGGAGACACCAGUGA